AUGUUCGAGACGCGACUCCGAAAACCCCUCCUUUGCCCACGCCGCCAGACCUCUCUGGUCAUCAGUACUCUCGCCCCGUUCGCCGCAUUCUAUCCCCCUAAAGACCAUGAGAUCUUCACCUCUUCCCCUACAUACAACCUCGUGCUUGCAUUUAUCUUUGGGCUCUCCGACUCCGUGCGCGGUCGAGCCACUACCGAUUCAAAGAAACCGGAGUCCGAUGCCAUUUCCAAAAUCUCCUCUGUGCUUGGUCAGCUUCGGUCUUUAAUCGAUAAGCAUCCGGCCAUUGAUCAAGGUGGAUCGCGUUUUGGUAACCCUGCUUUCCGUACCCUAUUCGACGAUGUCGCCGCUCAGAGCGCAUCGUGGCACAGCGAUCUCCUGGAACUUAGUGAUGCGGCAGCGGUCGACGAGGUAUCGACAUAUCUGAUCCACUCGUUGGGCUCGCGAGAUCGGUUAGACUACGGCUCAGGCCACGAGCUGAACUUUAUGAUGUGGCUGUUAUCUCUCUAUCAGCUGGGGCGUCUACCUGCUGCAGACUUCCCCGCCGUGGUGUGCCAGGUUUACAUUGACUAUCUGCAUCUUAUGCGGGAUAUCCAGUCGAUUUACUACCUGGAGCCUGCGGGGUCUCAUGGUGUCUGGGGUCUAGAUGAUUACCAUUUCCUACCGUUUCUAUUCGGUGCGAGCCAGCUGAUUGAUCACCCGUACGUGACUCCCUUGGGAAUUCAUAACACUGCUAUGCUGGAUGAGGAAGGUGAUAGGUAUCUCUACCUGGACCAGGUACGAUGGGUGGACAGCGUCAAGACUGUCAAAGGUCUCCGAUGGCACAGCCCCAUGCUGGAUGACAUCUCGGGUGCGAAGAACUGGUUCAAGGUCGAGAGCGGUAUGAAGAAGAUGUUUGUCAAAGAGGUAUUGGGUAAACUGCCCAUCAUGCAGCAUUUCCUGUUUGGCAGUCUCUUGCCCGCUGCUGAGGGCAUGGGGGAGCUCACCGAGGACGAUGACGAUGGGCAUGACCAUGCUCAUGAUCAUGCCCACGACCAUGGGAACGCCGACUGGUUUGGAGACUGCUGUGGUAUCAAGGUACCCAGCACGGUAGCUGCAGGGGCGGAAAUGCGCAAACGGAUGGGUGGAUCUGGACUGCGCCCGAUUCCCUUUGACUGA